AUGCGUCCACCGGAGAUGUCAUAUACUCCUGUCUAUAAACAGGCUCAGGACCCCCUCGGCGCGGUACCUGCUUCGAUCUUAGCCCCUCGUCCUCGUCACUCGUCAGGGUCCCCCGAUAUGAGUCUUCCAGACACACAGCACACAUCCGACGAGUGGACGCCCGGCUUCGACGUUAGUCCUCGAUCCUCCAGCCCGCAGGGAUCCCACGCCUACUCCCCGGAGGCAUCACGACGCCAGUCCCGUGUGGACGACAGCUCGCAGGUGUCCCGCAUCCUUGUCUCCAGAUCUGGGGCCGCUCAUAAAGAAGAACGAGGCAGCUGGGCCGACCAGCCGUCCUUAAUGUCGGCCGAGCAGUUGAGCUCUUCGCGCGCGCAAAAGCGAGGCGUUCCCGACGAUAACCCGGUUGAUAAGGGCCAGGACGCGCUGCUCAUGCUGUUCCGGCUCUCGGUUCCUGUCCCGAUCUUCUCCUUCACCGCUUGUCUUUAUACCUGCUGUGCCCUGAUAUUCGCCGUCUUCUCCUCACCUCUGCGAAUCUGCUCCCUAUCACCCUACCUCCGCAAUACCUCUUUCGUAGCACAAGUCUGCGACCUUCUCUCGCCAACCCUCCUUAUCCAUGAACGGCUCGUCUGCAUGCGUCCACCAACAUCAGACCGGUCCUCUUCAACCCAAUGGAUACGCUCCGAAACCCACUCAGACCAGCCAUCGAUGCUGGCUGAACCGACUCGAUACUAUAGAGUUAGUACCUCAAUAGGCGUCUUGAUUCUCUCGCCGUUCUUGAGUAUUGUAAUUCUCCUCUUCGCCUGGACAGCCGCUUUCUUCUGGGUCUUCUCCAAGGUGAUGGGCAAUCCAGACGGCACAGAGCGCAAAGACGACGGCCGCACAGCAGUCCUAGGAGUCUGCAAAUGGUGGCGGACAUGGCUGGGCAAAGCCCGAAAGUCAUGA